CCUGGGGCCCUUGGAUGGAAAGGGGGAUGAAGCCGGCCAGGUUUGGAACACACAGGGAAGGGAGAGGACGGCAGUUUGAGGAGGGGCGCCUAGGAGGAGAGGUGAGGCUGAAGGCGCAAAGGAGAGUGUGUUGGGGGGAAGGGAAGCCGGAGCAGGUAUGCAGGCCGCAGCUCAGAAGGUAGCUCUAGGGCGGGACUGGAGACCCCCGGGUGGGAUUGAGGGUCGGAGACUGAAAGAAGGAAGCCGGGAGCCUCCCAGAUCCUGGAGGAGGAAGAAGGUGAUUUGGGCCAUCAGCGAGGCAGGCGGACACCAUCGCUGAGGGCCAGGGCGCAAGAAUAGGGGUGGACCGAGGCCCGGGCCCAGGCGAAGGGACGGAAGGGGGGGACGGCAGGGAAUGGAGAUGGAUGGAUGGGUGGUGGUGUGGAUGCCCAGUUCACAGUGCCCCCACCCUUUCUCCAGCAUCCCCGCCCUGCCCUCAUGACACCCCCUAGCUUCAGGGCCCAAGAGGGGGUGGGGAGUCCGUCUCCCCCUUCCCCAGUGGGGUGCAAUGUACGCAAGUAGGCCCCGCAUAACUCCUUGUGUGUAGGUAUGUCCAGUUCAGAGUAGCCGAUUCGUGUGUGUCUGGAGGUCUGUGUGUGCUGUGGGUGUGUCGGGGGUGUUUAUGUCUGUGUGUCUGCCUGUUCCUAGGUUGUGUUUACCUAUGCCGAUCUAUGUGUCUGCUCCUCUGUUUGUAGAUAUGGGUCUGUGGCCCGGUGGUGUGUGUGUGUGUGUGUGUGUGUGUGGCUGCGGGUUGCUGAACAUUUGUGGGACCUGUCUCUGUGGUGGACCAGGAUGUAUUUACAGAUGGGAAUCUGUGUCGAUCUGAUCUCUCCAGAGUGUGUUUUUGUGGCUCUGAACAUCUUUGUCAGGGUGUGUGACUCUGUGUACACAUGUCUGGCUAUGUCUGUCUGUCUGUCUAUGGGUCCUAGAGGCGGUGUUGGGUUUUCUAUGCCUCUGUCUGUUUUCCUCUCUCUGAGGACCCAAGUCAUAUAUCUCUGCUCCUCUUUCUCUCUCAUUCGUUCCUGGCCCCCACCCACCCCAUAUCCUUCUUUUUUUCCUUCCCAUCCCCCUCACCAAGUGGAUCCGGGACCCAGGGAGGGCCGCCCCCCGGGCCUGGUGGCGCUGAGCAGGGCCCCCCAGCCCCCACCUCCUGCCCCACGACAUGAACCUCCUCUACCGAAAAACCAAGCUGGAGUGGAGGCAGCACAAGGAGGAGGAGGCCAAGAGGAGCUCCAGUAAGGAGGUGGCUCCCACAGGCCCGGCAGGGCCCGGGGCUGGCCCAGGGCCUGGUGUCCGCGUGCGGGACAUCACCUCGCUUCGCCGCUCCCUCAGGAUGGGCUUCAUGACAAUGCCCGCCUCCCAGGAGCACACUCCCCACCCCUGCCGCAGCGCCAUGGCUCCACGCUCCCUCUCCUGCCACUCGGUGGGCAGCAUGGACAGUGUGGGGGGCGGGCCUGGGGGAGGCAGUGGGGGUCUCACAGAGGACAGCAGCACCCGAAGACCCCCGGCCAAGCCCCGGAGACACCCCAGCACCAAGCUCAGCAUGGCAGGGUUGGGGGCAGAGAUGCCCCCCGGCAAAAAAGCAGGCUCACAGAAGCCAACCCCAGAGGGCCGAGAGUCCAGCCGGAAGGUUCCUCCACAGAAGCCCAGGCGAAGCCCCAAUACCCAGCUCUCUGUCUCCUUCGAUGAGUCCUGCCCCGCAGCCCCCUCUCCUCGAGGGGGAAACCUGCCCCUUCAGCGCCUCAGCAGGGGCUCCUGCGUAGCUGAGGACCCUGAGGUGGGUGCCCAGGAAGAAGAGCCCGUGUACAUUGAGAUGGUGGGGGAUGUCUUCAGGGGAGGAGGGCGAAGUGGAGGAGGCCUGAGUGGGCCCCCUCUUGGAGGUGGGGGCCUGACCCCUCCAGCUGGCGCCGACUCGGACUCAGAAGAGAGUGAGGCCAUCUAUGAGGAGAUGAAGUACCCCCUGCCAGAGGAGGCAGGGGAAGGCCGGGCCAAUGGGGCCCCUCUGUUGACAGCGACCUCCUCACCACACCAGCCUCAAGCCCUUCAGCCCCACACCCACCGCCGUCCAGCUUCAGCCCUCCCGAGCUGGAGGGAUGGGACGCCCACCAAGACCACACCUUGUGAAAUCCCCCCGCCCUUCCCCAACCUUCUCCAGCACCGUCCUCCGCUCCUGGCCUUCCCCCAAGCCAAGUCUGCUUCCCGAACCCCUGGCGAUGGGGUCUCGAGGCUACCGGUCCUCUGCCACUCCAAGGAGCCAGCCGGCUCCACCCCAGCUCCCCAAGUGCCUGCCCGGGAGCGGGAGACGCCUCCGCCGCUGCCUCCACCUCCUGCUGCCAACCUGCUGCUGCUGGGACCCUCUGGCCGGGCCCGGAGCCACUCGACGCCAUUGCCGCCCCUGGGCUCUGGCCAGCCCCGAGGGGAGCGAGAGCUCCCCAACUCCCACAGCAUGAUCUGCCCCAGGGCGGCAGGGGUGCCGGUAGCCCCUCCUGCCCCGGCCGCCUUGCUCCCCGGCCCCCCCAAGGACAAGGCUGUGUCUUACACGAUGGUGUACUCAGCAGUCAAGGUAACCACGCACUCCGUCCUGCCAGCUGGUCCGCCCCUGGGUGCUGGGGAGCCAAAGACGGAGAAGGAGAUCGCAGUCCUCCAUGGGAUGCUGUGCACCAGCUCGAGGUCCCCCGUGCCCGGGAAGUCCAGCCCCCACAGCGGGGCCAUGGGUGCAGCGGCUGGGGUUCUCCACCACCGCAGCUGCCUGGCUUCCCCGCACAGCCUUCCAGACCCAACUGCAGGCCCCCUGACCCCUCUCUGGACCUACCCAGCUGCAGCAGCUGGGCUCAAGAGACCCCCUGCCUAUGAGAGCCUCAAGGCUGGGGGGGUGCUGAAUAAGGGCUGUGGAAUGGGGGCCCCAUCCCCCAUGGUCAAGAUCCAGCUGCAGGAGCAAGGGACCGAUGGGGGUGCCUUUGCCAGCAUCUCCUGUGCCCACGUCAUCGCCAGUGCAGGGACACCAGAGGAGGAAGAAGAGAUGGGCGCCACGACAUUUGGGGCAGGCUGGGCUCUUCAGAGGAAGGUCCUAUAUGGAGGGAGGAAGGCACAAGAGCUGGACACAGAAGUCGAGGAUGGUGCCCGGGCCUGGAAUGGCAGUGCUGAGGGUCCAGGCAAGGUGGAGCGUGAGGACAGGGGCCCCAUGUCAUCAGGGAUUCCAGUGAGGAGCCAGGGGGCAGAGGGCCUGCUGGCCAGGAUCCACCACGGAGGGGACCGAGGAGGGAGCCGCACAGCGCUGCCCAUACCCUGCCAGACCUUCCCCGCCUGCCACCGCAAUGGAGACUUCACAGGAGGCUACCGCCUGGGGCGCUCAGCCUCCACAUCUGGAGUCCGGCAGGCCGUGCUCCACACCCCCCGGCCCUGCAGCCAGCCAAGGGAUGCCCCGAGCCAGACCCACCCCGCGCUGCCGCUGCCGCUGCCGCUGCCGCUGCCGCUGCCGCCGCCACCGCCCCAGCCCGCCCGCGAGCGCGACGGGAAGCUGCUGGAGGUGAUCGAGCGCAAGCGCUGCGUGUGCAAGGAGAUCAAGGCGCGUCACCGCCCCGACCGCGGCCUCUGCAAGCAGGAGAGCAUGCCCAUCCUCCCCAGCUGGCGGCGGGGGCCCGAGCCCCGCAAGUCCGGCACCCCGCCCUGCCGCCGGCAGCACACCGUCCUCUGGGACACUGCAAUCUGAGGAGGGCGGGGGCCGGGCCCCGGGACUGGGGAGUGGGGUUGGGGUGCGCCCGGCUCUUCGGGAGACUUGCCUCGAAAGAGGGACACUUGAAGGACCAGGUGAGAGCGAGCCAAGGAGAACCCCUGCCCUCCACCCCAAACCUCGGAGACGGGGAGUCCGCCAGGCCCAUCGGGCUUGGGGCGCCAGCAGCACCCCCAGAAGUGUGGGAGAGGAGGACGAUUUGCUUGAGGUUGGGAGUGAGGCCCUCCCCUGCUCUCUCCACUGUGCACUGCUCCCUGCACUGAGCCAGGUAGACCCCUCCUCCUGAGAGGGCAAAGGCCAAGCCAGAGGUCAGCAAGGGGGAGGAGGGAAGGGUUAAUGAGGAAGAAGGGGGCGGGUCAACUGAAGAACAG